AUGUCCGCCUGCAACUUUUGCAUCGCUUUCAACUUUGUGACGACGGGGGUGCGCCUCUUCCGACUGGCCCCCCCUCGCGGGCCCUCUCCCAGACAGCUUUGCCACCCGAUACGACGGCUGCAUAACACCGCCCCCAACGGCGUGCCAGGGACCCCGCGGCGGACGAUUGUAUCGGCAAGUUCGAGCCCCCCCAGGGAAAGAAAGGCGGCGCGGCCGAAGCGGGCGCGCAACACAGCGAAGGGCCCGCUAUCACAUGUAGGCUCCUUCACGCCUGCGAUCCAAUGGUACCCGGGGCACAUCGCCAAGGCGGAGCGGACGUUGAAAGAGUGCAUUAAGAUGGUGGACGUGGUGGUGGAGGUGCGCGAUUGCCGGAUCCCGCUGGCGACGGCGCACCCGGACGUGGAGCGGUGGAUAGGCAACCGGACGCGGAUCCUGGCGAUGAACCGGGCGGACUUGGCGCCGGAGGUGGCGCGGGCACAGUGGAGAAAGCAUUUAGUGGAGCAGGGGGAGAAGGUGCGGUUUAUUAACGCCAAGCAGGGCCGCGGGGUGAAAGAGCUGAAGAAGCUGGCGAUCGAUGCGGGGUCGUUUGUGAACGAGAAGCGCACACGGAAGGGGUUGCUGCCGCGCCCGGUGCGGUGUUUAGUGAUCGGGUACCCGAACGUGGGAAAGAGCGCGCUGAUCAACCGGCUGGUGGGGCGGAAGGCGGCCAAGUCUGCCAACAAGCCUGGGGUAACUAGAAACUAUCAGUGGGUAAGGAUCUCGGAUACGAUCGAACUGCUGGACAUGCCGGGGAUCAUCCCGGCCAAGCUGGAGCGGCAGGAGAGCGCGGUGCGGCUGGCUAUCUGCGACGACAUUGGGCAGGCGGCGUACGACGCGCAGGUGGUGGCGGGGCUACUGGUCGAGGAGCUUAAAAGGGUGUGCGAGGAGUAUGACGGGUACUUUGAGAUGCGCACGCUGGAGGAGCGGUUCAAGGUGAGCGCGGACGGCGUGAGCGGGGAGGAGUUUGUGGCGCUGGCGGCGGAGAGGCUGUACCAGGGCAACAUAGAGAGGACGGCCGUACGGUUGCUGACUGAGUUUCGAGCGGGCAUACUGGGGCCCGUGGCACUGGAGAAACCAGAGAUGGGCGGGGAGGCGGAAGGACAGUGAAGUGGAGAGAGAGGGAAACCCUGGUCGGAGGGUGGGCACCCUUUGCGCACGCACGUGCAAGGAUAGCCGUACUGAUAGGAUUGCCAGUAGCAUGGUAGUAGCAUGGUGGUGGCAUUAAUUGGCCCACACCGAAAAAUCGCUCCUCAGCGGCCCUAUUUG